CCCUCUGCAGCCACUGACCCCACAUCCCCUCCCCUUUUCCCUUCCUUCCCCUUAGCACAGAGAGAAAAUACUCCCCGUAAAACGACAACUCCCACCUCCCCCUCUCUUGCCCUCUCAAUAUCUAUAAUAGCCUGUGUGCCACCCCAACCCAUCUUUUUAAUGGCCUCUAUGAACAACUGGUUAGGCUUCUCCUUGUCUCCCCAAGAGCUUCCACCCUCACAGCCUCACCAAUCCCCCACCCUUAUCUCUGGCGACGAGGUCUCCGCUGAUUGCUAUGGUCUCUCCACCGACCCUGCAUCGGCUCCUCCCCUCGGCAUCCCAACCCUCAGGUCAGAUGGCUCUUUUGGCAUCCUGGAAGCCCUCAACCGACCUAACUCUCAUCCCCAAGACUGGAGCAUGAAGAGUUUGGACUUCAAAGGAAGCUCUUCAGAGCUAUCCAUACUGGUGGGAUCGAGCAGCAAUCAGAACAACAUGGAUCAUGACGAGCCAAAGCUCGAAGACUUCCUUGGUGGCAACUCGUUUUCUGACCACGAUCAGAAGCUCCCACCGGGGUGCAGCUCGAUUCCUGGGACCUAUGACAAUUCAGGCGACUACAUGUUCUCCAAUUGCUCCCUCCAGCUCCCUGCAGCAGCAUCAAUGACCUCCAAUGGUGGGAAUAAUGGGGGGCUAAUGAACAGCACUGGCACCGGCAGCAGCAGCAACUCCAUCGGGCUCUCGAUGAUCAAGACUUGGCUGCGCAACCAGCCAGCCCCACUGCAGCAGCCAGAAGGAAACAGCAACAUGGACUCAGCUGGGACUAGCAAUUGCGGUCGUGGCACCUUGGAGGGAGGUGUCGGAGGGCCGAUGGCGAGUUCGCAGAGCUUGUCGCUGUCGAUGAGUACAGGCUCACAAUCCAGCUCUGCGUUGCCACUCAUGGCAGCAGCAGCAAGCGGGGGAGGGGAGAGCUCUUCCUCGGAGAACAAGCAGAAGGGUAGUGGGAGUAGUCUUGAUGCGCAGAGUGGUUCAAUAGAAGCAGUGCCGAGGAAGUCCAUUGAUACCUUCGGGCAAAGGACCUCCAUUUACCGGGGCGUGACGAGACAUAGAUGGACCGGAAGGUAUGAGGCCCAUCUAUGGGAUAACAGUUGCAGAAGAGAAGGUCAAACUCGUAAGGGCAGGCAAGUCUAUUUGGGUGGAUAUGACAAAGAAGAAAAGGCUGCUAGAGCUUAUGAUUUGGCUGCUCUCAAAUACUGGGGUCCUACUACAACAACCAAUUUUCCUAUUAGCAACUACGAAAAAGAGCUGGAAGAGAUGAAGCACAUGACUAGGCAAGAGUAUGUUGCAUCGCUAAGAAGAAAGAGUAGUGGAUUUUCUCGGGGUGCCUCCAUUUAUCGUGGAGUUACAAGACAUCAUCAACAUGGAAGAUGGCAAGCACGGAUAGGAAGGGUGGCAGGGAAUAAGGAUCUCUACUUGGGCACGUUCAGUACCCAAGAGGAAGCAGCAGAGGCCUAUGACAUUGCUGCGAUAAAAUUCCGAGGACUGAAUGCCGUUACUAACUUCGACAUGAGCCGCUACGACGUCAAGAGCAUCCUUGAGAGCAGCACACUUCCGAUAGGUGGGGCUGCGAAGCGCCUCAAGGAUGUGUCUGAGCACGCAGAGGCAAGUGUGGAUGGCCGUCGGACUGACGACGACAACCUCACCUCCCAACUCACCGAUGGGAUCAGCAGCAGCUAUGCCUCCCAUGCUCACCACCACGGCUGGCCCCCCUUCGCCUUCCCGCAGGCGCAGCCCCUCGCCAUGCAUUACCCUUACAGUCAGCAGCGUGGCUGGUGCAAGCAAGAACAAGACAGCGUCAUGGCCACAGCCCAUACCUUGCAGGACCUCCAGCAGCUCCACCUGGGGAACAACACUCACAACUUCUUUCAGCCAUCUGUGAUCCACAACCUCAUCAGCAUGGAUUCCUCUUCGAUGGAACAUAGCACGGGUUCUAACUCGGUGAUCUACAACGGGAGCAUGGGCGGGAGUAGCGGAGGCUAUCAAGGUGUUGUUGGGGGGAGUGGCAGGUACGCUUUGCCUGUAAGCACAAUGGUGGUGGAUCAGGGCCAGGGCAAUCAAGGGAGCAGUAGCUUUGGAGAGAAUGAGGGGAAGGCAAUCGGUUAUGAGAACAUGUUGGGCUCCACUGAUCCUUAUGGUGGUAGGAGUGUUUAUUAUCUCUCGCAGCAGUCAUCGGGUGGGGUUGUGAAGGAUAACGGGUAUGAUCAGAGUGGUGGGUGUAACACUUGGAUGCAACCUUCAGUGCAGGCUGUUGCACCCAGGGCCAACAAUGUGGCUGUUUGCCAUGGAGCUCCUCUUUUCACUGUGUGGAAUGAUGCUUAGGUGUUAGGUAGGGACGGAUGGGUGGUAGGAGUGGUGGACAGAAGGGAUGGUGGUCUUAGAGAAGAAAAAAAAUGAACAAAAGAUAUAGAACUUAGCUCCUAAUUUUGAAUUUUUUUUUUCUUGUACGGGUUUUCCUUCAGGAAGGAACUAAGAAGAGUCACUUAUUUUUAGGUUCACUGAACUCUUCUUCUAACAUAAGGAUUCUUCUGAAGUUUUGGUGAUGGCUUGUGAGGGUUGGUGGAUGUGAUCAUCAUUUCUCAUCUGCUGUCAAUUUUGGGGAACUUCGUUUCGAUGAAUCCUUGCAAAAAGGAGCUUUGCAACUUCAAAUAAUAUUAUGUUUGGUGCAUCAAA